AUGAUGGAGUUAGCGUUUAAGGAUGCCUUUUGGGGAGGGAACUUCAUUAGUAACGCCGGUUAUGAGGCCAUCAUCCAGAGACUAAAUGAUGGUCGGCGGACGUGCAAAGACAUGGAAGAGUUACUGAAAUUGAGGGCGUCUGCCGAAGAGAAGUACGGAAAAGAACUGAUCACCAUCUCACGCAAGGUUGGGGGUUUCUAUGAGAUCUGCACGCUGAGAACGUCCAUUGAUGAUAUGAAAACACAAAUGGAAAUGAUAGGCAACUUACACAUCCAGCUGUCUGGUGUCUUAAAGGAUGAGGCAAAAAGGAUUGAGCAGUUCCGAGAAAAGCAGAAAGAUCAGAGAAAAAAGCUGGAACUCGUCAUGGAGAAGGUCCAAAAGAGUAAAAUUUCCCUCUACAAGAAAACAAUAGAUUCUGAAAAACACUACGAACAACGCUGCAGGGAUGCGGAUGAGGCUGAGCAAACAGUUGACAAGAUUAGCAAUACUUCCACGUCCACACCCAAACAGAUAGAAAAGCUGAGCAACAAAGCGAAACAGUGCAAAGAAGCUGCUGUCGAAGCUGAGAAACAGUACAAAUCCAACAUUGAGCAGCUGGACCAAAUCCGUCAAGAGUGGGAAUUAACACACAGUAACAGUUGUGAGAUGUUUCAGCAGCAGGAAGAAGAGCGCCUGAAAGCCCUGAGGAACAGUUUAUGGGUGCAUUGCAACCAUUUAUCCAUGCAGUGCGUGAAGGCUGAUGAGUGUUACGAGGGCGUGAGGGAAACACUGGAGAAGUGCGACAUCAUCACAGACAUGAACUGCUUUGUGGGAAUUAAAGGCACAGGAUCUACUCCGCCUGCUCCCAUUGAAUACCAAAAUUACUAUGAGAGGGAUUCUACAGAGGUCAGAAAUGGAAGUGUGGGACUUGGUGGUGUCAUGAAAAAAUUUUCAAAUCUUCUUCAAGGGAAUUCUUUGAGUGGUAUCAAUCAUAAAGUUCCAGCUCCACAAAGUCCAGGGGAAACAAAUGAAGAUCCUUACACCGACGUCAUAGCGAUACACCGAUCCCAACAGAGCAUGCAGUACAAGGCAGUGUACGAUUACGUGGCCCAGCGAGAUGACGAGCUAUCCAUGUCAACUGGGGACGCUGUGCUAGUCGUGCAUCAGGGUGAAGAUGGCUGGUGGAUGGUGCAGAUGUAUGGACAAACGGGGCUUGUUCCAGGCUCUUACCUUGCCAAAGAAUGA